CUUUCCUCAGUGAGCAUACUGUAUGAUCACGACAAGCUUCCUCAAAGUCGAUCUAGACACUGUGGGAAUAAUUUGGAAAUUUGAAGGUCUUGGAGGUCAUUUCAACAGCUGUUUACCUUGCCAGGGCAAUGUACAAUCCACUAGAACGGGUGGUAGCCCAGAAGAAAGAGGCUAUUGAAGCAGUAAUGGAAAUGUUCGAGAAGGGGGCUGAGGUGCUGGCCAGUGCUGUUGGAGAGUUAUCACCUCUUUUUGAGGCUGCCGCUCCAGUCCUCAAGCUUGUCUUAAACAAUGUCGAAAGCAAGGAAGUGAUAUACGUCAAAGAUCAGUUUCUACUUGUGAGGAGCAAAUUAGAUGUCCUCUCAUCUCAACUGGAGGAUAUUGACUCUGAGAUUAGGAGGAGACGUUUGGAUUCUCAGUUCUUCUCUGUGGAAGAGAAUCUGCGCAACCAGUUCAGAAAAUACAUAGACAUUCUGGAGGCCAAACCUGAGUACAAGGAGGUCAAGAAACGCUUGUUCUUGGAACAUUUUAUCAUAACAGGAGGAGAGAAAAACCUCUGUGUGCUUUAUGAUGCUUUGAUAGGGAACAGUGCAUUUGGGGAGCCAAUUCUGGAUGUUGUGGAACAAUACGAGGCCAGAAACAGGAGGGUCCUGGAAGACUUCUGUGUUAGGUUGAAGGAGCUCCUCUGCUUGGGAAUAAUUGCUCUCCUCGGAUACUGUUUCCUAAAUCAGGGCGAAGAGGCAGAACAGGAGAAGAUGCAAGAGUGGAGCACCAAGAUCCAAGAAAUUGAGAUGAAAAUGAAGGAAACCAUUGAGAAAUGUGUCAAUACAUUUCCAGAGCAAGCUGAACUGGACAUCAAGAGGCUUAUGAAGGAAAGAGAGGAUGGGAACCUCCAGGAAAUUGCCAAGGAACUGCUGGACUUCCUGGUCAAGAAGUAUGACUGGGUAAGCUGGUCCAUUCGAGUCAUUACCAACUUGGGCAAAAUUCAUAACUGGAGAGCUGGAGAAAACUUUCAGUUUGUGGCUGGCCAGAAAUAUUUUGAAGUACCGCAAGGGUCUGAAACCAUCCUGGUGGUGUCCUACUGCAACAACCCUCAGCCUGUGCCCGAUGAGAGCAUAAAAGAAAUAAUGGAAGGUCCUGCAAAGAAGGGACAUGCUAAAGCUGUAGUUGAGGUUCUGAAGAAGCAGUUAGCUGGGUUUUUGGUUCACGCUGUCAGUCGCCACAAAGAGAGCUUUGCUGUUUCAAGUUUUCCUGAAGAAUCCCACUACUGGGAGAAACAUAAGAAUGUAAAUCUGUGCGUGCAUUCAGAGUAGACUUAUUGUUGCACAUUAUAAAUAGGCAUGUGUAUACUGAAUUUCUUAUAUCUUAAAGUCGUUAUAUGUGAAUGUCUCUCCAAAAACAUCCGAAAUAGAUAAUAGGCUAAACAUGAUAAGUGUUGUGGCAUUGUAUAGGCAAAUGGUUUGUAAUAAUAAAAUAAAUCUUUAGGAACCAAAGAGAAAAUGCUGGCUAAGAAAAUUGUUUCCCCAUUUAGCUUUUGCGAUAAUAAUGUGCUCUGGUUUACUCAGAGCUGACAGUAUCUGUUCCCCAACAGCCAUAAAAAGAGCACAUGGAAAGACAUCUCAGGAAACUUAUCCAGAUGAUGUGUUGCCCAGCAGAGCUCAUCAUGAUGUUAAGACUAAAGCAUAUCCUUUAAACAUUCAUGUCUGUUCAAUGAUGAAUUUACACUGGAUAAAUUGUUAAUCCUGUAACUGCAACCAGUGUUGGGUGUGUUAUUCUAAAAAAUAAUCCACUAGAAAUGAUUAAUUACUUCUCUAAAAUUUUAAUCAGAUUACUUGUUACUUCAUAGAAAAGUAAUCACAUUACUAAUUACUUUAGGAAUAUUCUGGGUUCAAUACAAGUUAAGCUCAAUCGACAGCAUUUGUGGCAUAAUGUUGAUUACUGCAAAAAAAAAAAAAACAUUUCGACAUGUCCCUCCUUUUCUUUAAAAAAAAAAAGCAAAAAUCGAGGUUACAGUGAGGCACUUACAACGGAAGUGAAUGUGGCCAAUGUUUUGGAGGGUUUAAAGGCAGACAUGUUAUGCUUAUAAUUUUACAAAACAGCACAACAGUCUCUAGAAUUUACCCCGAAUGGUGUCAAAAACAAAAAAAUAUCCAGAAAGGGGCAGUUCUGCGGAUGGAAAUGCCUUGUUGAUGAGAGAGGUCAACAGAGAAUGGCCAGACUGGUUUAAACUGACAAAGUCUACAGUAACUCAGAUAACUACCCUGUACAAUUGGGGUGAGAAGAAUAAAAUGAAGAUGAGUGUUGGCGCUGUUUUGGCGGAAUGAGGGGGACCUACAAAAUAUUAGGCAGGUGGUUUUAAUGUUGUGGCUGAUCAUUGUAUAAAAGCACUUAUAUUAAUUCCUCUGUUAAAACUCAUGUAUUAUUUGAGCUGUAAUUUUUUUUAAAUCAUAAUUUUUACAGUCGUUUUAGGGUUUGUUUACAUUACAUCGUCAUGGCAACGCAGUUCUAAAAUUGGCUAUAACUUUAUACAAAAAGGUUAGUAAGAGAUUUUAUCACACUAAAAUCAUGUUUACAGGCAUUUUGCUUAUGUCUUGAGGCUAUACUUUUGAAACAAAAGAGUAUUUUAAUGUUCAAAAAUGUACCCCCAUUCACUUCCAUUGUAAGAGCCUCACUGUAAUCCAGAUUUUUUAUUUUUUUUAUUUGUAUUUUUCCAGAAAUAAAUUUUUGUGAUAAUCAAUAUUAAGCCACAAAUACUGUCGACUGAGCUUAACUUGUAUUGAACCCAGAAUAUUCCUUUAAGCUACUUUCUAAAACAAAAUUUUUUUUGCUUAGAUAAUGUGAAAUAAUGUCUACAUUUUCUCCUUGUUCGUCUUUGCAUACAAAUUAUAAAACUGUUUCUCUCUUAUAAUGACUCGUUAGGAGGCAUACGCCCUUCAACUGUCAAAGAAAUGUAAACAGAAGUACAUAUAAACAUGAUUCAUGAUUGUAAUUCUACAUAAUACUGUUUUAGAAAUGUGUAUUGUACUUAAAAGUAAUCUUAAUUGAAAAUCAGUAACUGUAAUCUGAUUAGAAUUUACAAUGCAAUGUGCUAUACUGGUUUUUGACUAAAAAAGUAAUUGGAUAACUAAUAACUUAUUAAUCAGACUACACAAACCCUGCUGGCCUUAGUCAAAAUCUCAAAAAUUAACAGGGGCUCGGCGCAAAAAUGCCACCUCAACUGACAAAAAUGACCGCAAAAUUAAAAAUACUGUAUACAAGCAAAAAAAUGCCCUGUAAUGAAUUCCUAAUUAAAUACAUUUUUAUACAAAAUAUGAGUUGAUGCCGAUUUAUUUUAUAGGUAACAACCUUACAGUACAACUUGAAAAGGUUGAAAAGAUUGAAAAGGUAUUGAAAAGAUAUUUUCAUUAACUUAUUAGACUUUUUUUAGACUAUAGUUGAAAAUGGAAGGAUGGCAUACACUGUGUUUUAAUAUGGUUAGAAAAAAAUAUGCCCUCAUAAAAGGUAAAAAUGUCCCUGAAAAUCAAUUCCAGAUGGCAAAUAUUGCACCUUAAUUAUAAAGUUAAUUCCUGAC